AUGUCCGCCAUCCCAGAGCUCCCUUCGAAGAGAAUCCCAUAUGGUACUGCCCUUGUCAGGCUGGGAAAGUCCGGCCUGAAAGUCUCCAAGAUCAUUCUAGGAUGUAUGACUUAUUCCAGCUAUGAAGGCUGGGCCGGUCAAAACUGGUGGGUCCCCGAGGAAGAGGCCAUAAAGCAUAUAAAAUAUGCAUAUGAUGCUGGGAUCCAGACGUUCGACACUGCCAACGUCUAUUCGAAUGGCCAGUCUGAGGAAAUCCUCGGAAGGGCAAUCAAGAAGCUCAAUCUUCCUCGCGAAGAGAUUGUGGUCAUGACCAAGUUCACCGCUUAUGUCAACGAGAAUGCCAAAGACGUCGUGAUCAAUCCAGAGGAGGCCGAGACGGAGAUUCGCUGCGUCAACCAAUACGGCAACAGUCGCAAGCACAUCUUCGAUGCCGUGCAGGCCAGCCUGAAACGCCUGCAACUGGACUACAUUGACGUCCUGCAAGUGCACAGGCUCAAGGACGGCUCUAACAUAGAGGAGAUGAUGGAAGCCCUUCAUGACGUGGUCAAGGCUGGGUGGGUGCGCUAUAUCGGAAUGAGUUCCUGCUACGCUUGGCAGUACUACGCCAUCAACAAUCGCCUGACACCGUUCAUCUCUAUGCAAGACCACCACAAUCUGAUCUACCGUGAGGAAGAACGCGAGAUGUUCCCGACUCUCAAGCACUUUGGUGUUGCGUCGAUCCCCUGGUCUCCCCUGGGCCGUGGUCUGCUCUGCAGGCCUUUCAGCGAACAGAAGGCGACGGCGAGAGGGCAGAACGACCGGUUCUCGGGGAUGUACCAGCAGAACCCCGCUCUGAAGGCGAUCAUUGAUAGGCGGGUAGAUGAAGAACUCUCGAAGAAGAAGGGCGUGAGCAUGGCCCAGAUUUCCGUCGCUUGGUCGCUUUCCAAGGAUGUCGUUGCUGCGCCCAUAGUCGGUACGACCAGCCUCGCCAACCUCAAAGAUAUUAUAGAGGGUGCCCACCUUCAGCUGACCGAAGAGGAAAUCAAGUAUCUGGAGGAGCCCUAUGUUCCAGUGAAGGUAAUAAGACAUUAA